CCGCAACGGCUAUCAACAAAGUGAUUCUGUUCUUUUCUAUGCUCCUAAAAAGACACUCCUUUCUUGAACUGUUAUUGAUGGAAUAAGGAGAGAGGAUAUCUCAACCGUUGGAUUUAUCUUCUUCAAUCUAUUCACUCCCAAGGCUUUUAAUUAAAUAGGCUUCUCCCCCAUUUCAGCUUUUUCCAUCUUUCCCUCUUCUACCUCUAGCUCAUCACUCUCUCUUUCUCUCUCAAAAUCUGUUGCAGAGGAUAUAGGAAGAUCUAUCAAUGGCUCAUCAACUGCUCUUGCUUCUUCUUUUAACAGCUACUUUUGUUUCAGCAGAUGAAGAUCCAUUUAUAGGUGUGAACAUAGGAACCGACUUGUCGGAUAUGCCACACCCGACUCAAGUAGUAGCCUUACUCAAAGCCCAACAAAUUCGGCAUGUAAGAUUGUUCGACGCCGAUCGCGGUAUGUUACUAGCCCUUGCGAAAACCGGGAUUAAAGUUGCAAUCUCUAUUCCAAACCAGCAACUUCUCGGUAUUGGCCAGUCCAAUUCGACCGCAGCCAAUUGGGUAUCCCAAAAUGUGAUAGCCCAUUAUCCGGACACAAAUAUAACCACCAUUUGUGUUGGAUCCGAAGUCCUAACCACCUUACCGAACGCCGCAAGUGUCCUUGUGAAUGCUCUCAAGUUCAUUCAUUCGGCCCUGGUGGCCUCCAAUUUGGACAAACAAAUCAAAGUUUCGACCCCUCUUCCUUCGUCAAUCAUCCUCGAUUCGUUCCCGCCUUCUCAAGCGUUCUUCAACCAUUCCUUGAACCCUGUUUUAGUUCCCUUGCUCAAGUUCUUGCAAUCCACGGGCUCGUUUCUAAUGUUGAACAUAUACCCGUAUUAUGAUUACAUGCAAUCCAAUGGCGUUAUUCCUUUGGAUUACGCCCUCUUUCAGCCGCUCGCUUCGAACAAAGAAGCUGUUGAUUCAAACACCCUCCUUCACUACACGAACGUCUUCGACGCAAUGGUGGACGCGGCUUACUUCGCGAUGGCCGAUCUAAAUUUCACAAACGUGCCCGUUUUGGUAACAGAAUCAGGCUGGCCUUCGAAAGGCGAUACAAACGAACCUGACGCCACAUUAGACAAUGCCAACACUUACAACAGCAAUUUGAUUCGACACGUGUUUAACAAAACAGGGACACCAAAACACCCUGGAAUCUCGGUUAGCACGUAUAUCUACGAGCUGUACAACGAGGACGCCAAGGCGGGAAUCACUUCGGAGAAGAAUUGGGGUCUUUUCGAUGCAAACGGUGUUCCUGUUUAUAUAUUGAAAUUAACUGAUUCAGGUCCUCUCUUGUCAAACGACACUUCCAAUAUGACGUUUUGUUCUGUUAAGGAUGGGGCUGAUCCUAAAAUGAUUCAGGCUGCCCUGGAUUGGGCUUGUGGAUCGGGAAAAGUCGAUUGCUCGCCUUUAAUGCAGGGCCGGCCAUGUUAUGAGCCCGAUACGGUUUUCGCACACGCCUCUUACGCUUUUAACGCAUAUUAUCAUCAGAAUGGGAAGACUGCCGAUGCUUGCAAUUUUAACGGGGUGGCUGCAAUAACCACCACAAGCCCUAGUAAUAAUAACGCUUCUUGUGUGAUGGCUGGAACUUUCGGCACCAAUGGGACAAUAAUGAACGGUACUGCUUUAUCUCCGUUGAUGAACUCGACAAGCUCGGGUGAAGCGAAGAUCUGGUCUCAUCCCUUAGUUGCUGGCAUUUUUGCAACUGUGGCUUUGUUAUGCCAAGUUGUGUUUUUGUAGAUGGAAUUGGUGGGGGAUUGUUUUAGCGGUUUUUUGGAAUUGGUCCAAUUAAUUUUGAUAGGAGGCAAUUUCUUCUAGGGUUUAUUUUGUGUCAAUUUUUAAUGAACUGCUGACAAUUUGUUACUACUAGUCAUGUAUUGUAGUUGAUGUGUAUCAUCAUCCUGUUAAAAACCCUUCAAUCUUUUUUGUUUUGGGGAUGUUCUAAAUUGGGACAGUCAUGUCUU